AUGCGUAAUGUAUGGUAUACCUCAUCGUUUGAUACAGCGACAUUACCGCGAACGACAUUACCACGAACGACAUUACCGCGAACGACAUUACCGCGAAUACAAAGAACGACAUUACCGCGAACACAAAAAACGACAUUACCGCGAAUACAGAGAACGACAUUACCGCGAAGACUUGUUUGUUGGAAAAGCCGAAUAAAUGAGGCCGGUUUUGUAUUUUGUACAUCAUGUUU